AUGGGUUGAGAUUGAGAACCGGAGAGGCUCAACUCCGCUUUAGAUAACGUGUCGCCGCUCACCGCCUCUCACGUGACUCGCUCGCCCACGUGAUUUCUGGGAAGUGGGGGCAAGGCGCUCACGGCUAGUUUCUCUUUCCUUGCUGCGUCGCCGCGGUCUGCUUUCGUUUCAGUCUCAGUGUCUGUCGCCAUGGCCGAGCUGAUGAGAGCGUCUUCCGUCCCUUCCCUGGCCGGGUUGGAAGAGGAGCUGACAUGCUCCAUCUGCCUGUGCGUUUUCGAGAGCCCGGUCACGACGCCGUGUGGCCACAACUUCUGCCUGCCUUGCCUGGAGAUGACCUGGGGGAGCAUCCAGGGGGACUUCAGCUGCCCCCAGUGCAGGACUAUCUUCGACAGCCGGCCCGAGCUGAAGAAGAACACGGUGCUCUGCCGGGUGGUGGAGCAGUUCCAGAGCACCCACGGGGGCCUUUCCAAGGGGAUUGAAGAAGAGAAGAAGUGGAGCCUGAGCAGCACCCCCCAGACGGCCUGCGACAGUUGCCUGCAAGCCGCUGCCGCCAAGACCUGCCUCACCUGCAUGGCCUCCUUCUGCCAGGAGCACCUGAAGCCUCACCUGGAGAGCCCAGCCUUCAAGGGCCACCAGUUGGUCCUGCCCAUGAAGGACCUUCAUCAGAGGAAGUGCCAAGAUCAUAACAAGCUCCUGGAGUUCUACUGCAAGGAACAUGCCAGCUGCAUCUGCUGCUUUUGCUUUGUGAAGCACAAGACUUGUGCCACCAUCCCCCUGCAAGACGCCAAGGAAGAGAAGGAGAAACAGCUGAAGAACAGACUGACGGAACUCUAUGCUCUGAAUGAGAAGGCUAACCGGUUAUCAGACCAAAUACUAGUGGAACAGAAACAAACCAAUGACAUAGUUGUCCGGAAGUUGGAUUUGCUGAGUUCAGAGUUCCAGGAAAUUAUAGCUUUGAUUAAACAAGAAGAAGAAGAGUCAAUAAAGAAGGUCAAAGCAGAGGGGACAAGAGUCCAUGCUAAGCAUGACUUUGUCUAUAAAGUCCUGGGUAAGAAGAAGAAUGAAAUCCAGGGGGAGAGAGACAAGAUUGAAAUGGCCUUGACAGAAGAUGAUGACAUCACCUUUUUAAGGAAUGCAGUGAAACUGCGGCAGUUACCCAUCAAAGAUGUAUUCAAACCCAAAGUAGAUUUGGAUCAGAACUUGAUACACACGGUUUAUCAAAAAGCCUUUGGCCUUAAAGAAGAUGUGAAACAAUUUUUGACUCAGCCCCAAGAGAAGAAAAUGGAAGGAAGUGACCAGUGGAAAUCCAAAACACAGGCCCAGCCAUCUUAUCCAGGAAAAAAAAAUGCAGCAUCAAAUGCUCCAAAGGGGGACAGUCCCCUUCCAAAAUCUUCGCUGGACACAACUGUAGAGGCAUUGCUGCCGACACCAGACAUUGCUCCAGACACUAAGCAGAGAAGAAGACCUGCUAAACGCAAUCCAAGUCCUAACCAGAGAGGACGAAGUUCCAGCAGGGGAGCCACAAGUCCAUUGGGGAGCCUUGAAAGUUUUUUAACUAAAUCAAGAGAGGAACUCAUGCAGUUUGCUACAAAAUUCACUCUGGAUUUCAAUACUGCCCAUAACAAAGUGAUCCUACUAGAGAGAAACACCAAAAUGGCAGUGUCAGAAACCCCCCAGAAUUACCACCACCAUCCUCAGCGCUUCACCUAUUGCUCCCAAGUGCUGGGCUUCCAGUGUUUCAAGAGAGGGAUCCAUUACUGGGAAGUGGAGAUGGAGCACAACAACUUCUGUGGAAUUGGCAUCUGCUAUGGGAGCAUGGCACGGCGGGGGGCAGAGAGCCGUCUGGGGCGCAACAGCUUCUCGUGGUGCAUUGAGUGGUUCAAUGCCAAAGUAUCGGCCUGGCACAAUGACGUGGAGAAGUGCCUGCCUAACACCAAGGUGAAGAAGAUUGGUAUCCUACUGAAUUACGAUGGUGGCUUUGUGAUUUUCUUUGGCGUUGGUGAGAAAACCAGCGUCCUCUACAAAUUCCGAGCGCACUUCACUGAAGCUCUCUAUCCUGCAUUCUGGGUGUUCUCCAGUGGGACCACCAUAACAAUCUGCCAGGGGAACCAAAAUUUCAAUCUGAGAUGAAGGGCACGCCAUCACUUGUGUGCUCAAGGCAUCUGCAUGCUAACAUAUCUCUUGAAACCAGAACUAUGGGUGUGUGUGUGUGUGUGUGUGUGUGUGUGUGUGUGUGUGUGUGUGUGUGUGUGUGUGUGUUGCUUGCUUUUGCAUUCAAAGCAAAGUUGCCUGUCCUUGAAGCUCUCUUUGUUUCUUUGCUUUCUGGGGCUGUUGAGCCAAGAGCACAACCCAUUAAGAAUCUCUUGCACAAGCCGAAUAAAAAAUGUUCUUGUGGAACUCCCUUUUGCUCUUUUCAGUGGGACUUACCCAUGGACAACUUGAUGGGCUGCAAACAUCAUGUCCACUGAGCUCCUGAUCCACUGUGGUCUUUAUAUGUUGGUCUGGAGAGGCAGGCAAAUUGGGGCAUGUGUGAUUAAGUGCCUCUGCCCCUUUGUCUUAAUGUACAACCAGAAAGGCAACACAGAAAAUGUGGUUUGUGUCCCUUUUUCUGCCUUUCCCAUGUACACUGCACAGUCUAGAACUCUUUGUAUCCACUGUGUGAAUAUGGUGGGCAAGGGAUCCUUUUGGGACAAUGUGCAGGCAGACCCUCCAAACCCGAUUUGGAAUCCUUGUUCUGAUUCUUGUGCAGUAUGCGAUAAGGGACUUGUGUCUCGUUAAGAGAACCUGAUUGGGUUAUAAAGGAGGUAAGGCUGCUUUUUUGGUCUUGUUCCAAAUACUGCACAUGGAGGAAGAUAGGAUUUGGCAGUGUUGGGAAAGAAGAGGGGCACUUCUAGGAGUCAAGUAAAACUUGGAAUUCUGGAGCCUCUGGCAAUUACCAGUGUUCUUAAAAGAACUUUCCCUACACCCAUUGCUUGGUGUCUGUGAAGGCAUAGGGAAGUUCCUCUUGGCCCACAUAAUAAGCCCCUCUUGGCUUAAUUUGGUUCAUUAGAGUUCUUUGGACUCAAGGAACUGAAGCUAGUGAGGAUGUUGAAUAAUAUACUGGAUGCAAAAACAGGAAGCUUGAAAAGAGAUGCUUAGCCCAUUGGUGGGUUUCCUCACCUAGCGACCCUUGCUGAAAAGGAUGAACGUAAAAUCUUAAUGUAGUCUAAUUUAUCCAGUUUUAUGUGUUUGGCCACUGGAUGGGAAGAAGUUCACUUCCUCCUUUUGGUCUUUGAAGAGCUUUGUAUCUUCACCAUCAUGCUGGAGAUAGACGAUUAUAGGUGAAAAGGUAGAAUGUUUCAAGCUAAUCUUGUCACCUGAAUAUUGUGUUACUUACUUACUGGCAGAGUUGGUUCAAUCUCUCUCAUUAGUAACAUUCAAUUCAUCCUGUGUGAUCUUUGCUGUAGAACCAAAUGUUUAAAGAUUACUUGGGGUUUUUCCACAGUCCUUGGAAGUUGCACACCUGCUGAAUUUAGCCAUGUCUCUGGGCAGUCCUUUCCAGUUGGCAUUUUCAUACUGAACGUGUGUACUGCCACUUUAUUAUUAUUAUUAUUAUUUUAAGGGCAGCAGCCUGGGAAAGAAGCCAGGGAAGCCGUAGAGUUAAGACUUCUUGGAUAGUGUGUUUAGCCUUUUUGAGACUUGGAAUUUUCCUCUGGGUUCUAAUGCAGCAUAAUUAUAAUAGUUGUGCAUCUGAAGCAACUGAGAAUUUUGCUGCUUUUUCCUCACUUAAAGAGGAUUAGAAAACCAGCAGACAGGCACAGCUGAAGUCCUGUGAUCUUGUAGGUCUUGUGCCAUUGACCAAUAGUCAACAAGAAUUGGCUUGCCUUUCUUGGACCAGGACACAAAUAAUUGGAAAGCUGCUUGACCAACUGUGACUUAUGAAGUGCUCUAUUUUAGAAACUUCACAUGCUGUCCUGUGUAGGCUUCAGUAAAAUGAGAACUGAGGUGUGCUGUGUUCUGUGUCAAAUUUGACACAAUUCUGAGGAAUGCUUGAAUUGGGGCAUUCAGUAAACUGGCCUUGUGUACUUAAAACGAGUCAAUCCACAAGGUCAAAUAAGGGAUCCCAGUUACAGGACACAGUUGGGACAGAAUUGUUGUGAAAAAAUGGGUGGUGGCAUCACAUCUUGGUAUGCCAAGUGCACUUCAUAUUCCGAACCUCCCUGAAAAUAUUCCUGAAAUCCAGGACACACAGGUCACUUAUGAACUUGGAGAACUGCAUUGUUGGCUUGACCAAGAUCCAGUUGAUCACUCCAAGAAAAAGUGAUGGGAUGCUUAACAUUAAAUGGAAGAUAAUUCAGGAAAGUCAUAAAAAGAUGAAGGCCAUGUCAGAACUGCAUAGUGUGUGGAAUAUGAAUAGGAACCAGUUAAAAACAUUGAGUGGUAGACAGAGUGGCCUAUGAAGCUAUUGUGAUCAUGUUCAUCCCUCAGUAAUAUGGAGAUGUGAGAACUGAAUCUUCUCUGUGUAAUAGAGUCUUCUCCAGUAUAACACACCUCUUCUUGGCAAUUGGGAGCUCUAUAGUCUUAUUUCCUUCACAAUAAGCGUUGCUAAUUUGUUGUAGGAUUUUUAAGACUUCUCCCUUCAUGAAGAAAGGUUUCUGUCCAUUUCCUAAAGAGGCCUACUUACUAUUCUUUAUGAAUGCUUUUGGGCCACCUUCCCAUAAAGGAGUGGCAUGUUGUAUUCUGCAAAUGAUUAUGGGAACAAGGCACACUUUUUCAUGUGCUUAAAGUAAAUCCUAUAUCAAAUAUGAGGCACAGUGGAUCCAUUCCUUUCAUCCAACUUUCGUGUGAUCUGAAAUAGCAUUCACUGUGUUGAAUUCACUGAUGGCCAAGUGCCUUUUGGGCUUUGGUUAUGAUUUUAUUUUUAUUUUCCUGAUCGGUAUUGAAAUAUUUUGAUUUUGCUGGAAUGAAUCUUUUAAAGAUGCUUGAAAUUAUCUUUGGGAUUCCUAGAGAAUUUUAAUAUGUUUAGAUAGGUCAGAUACUUUUCUCUUCACUGCUUUUAGUCUUUGGCCUGGUACAGUAUUGUCCUUUGGGUAGUGGUUGACUUUUGUCAAUAAUCCUGAGAAACAGUUGAAGGAUAAUCUAUUUCUUAAUGGACAACCAGGCUUGUUUCUUAGUCAAAGAUAGUAUUGCUCUACUAGUAUUAGUAAUAGUAUUGCUCUACUAGGACAUGCAGUUGAACAAUAUGAAUGGAUUUGGAUAUCCUAGAUAUCCUCUAGCCAAAGUUGAGUAUAUUUAAAUCCUUCUAGCUUCUGUGGAAGGGAGCCAAGCAUUAUGUAAAACUCACCUGCUGAAUUCACCAAGACUUUUGAAGUGCUUGACUUUAGUUCAGUAGUGUCCAAGGAGAUCUGUUGUGUUACAGUCUAGCUGAAAAUCUUUGUAUACAGCAAUAUCUUAUCUAAUGGCUGUGUUUACAUGGAAACAUAGUUAACUUGAUGAUGAUCUAGCACAUGUUUAAAAAGUUUGGUAGGAAAUGAUCUGAAAAUCUUGGUGUUAGCAAAGUUCUUGGAGAGGUUCAGCCUGCAAAGAUUUUUGUAACACGGGUUUUUAAAAAAAUUAAAUUGUUUGGAUCAAUGCUUGCUGCUUCACUCUGUAAUCUUUAAAACUAUGUAUGUAGUCUGUAAAAUAUCUAAUGAAUGUGUUUACUUCAAGCAAGUUGUCAAAACAAGUAGAUCUGUGGAUUGCUUUGAGAUUAAAAAUUAAUGACCCCAGCAUCCUAGAUCUCUGUCUAUUUGCCAAGUGUUUGUAUUUGCUGUAUUGCUCAGUCUGUAGUUGUCUUGUUGCCAUAUCAAGCAUAAGGUUGCGAUAUAUUAGAGACCACCUAACUUGGUCUUUCACUUAAUGGGUCUCAAUUCACUAAAUCUUCAAUAAAGUUUAAUUAUGAUCAUUAA